UUAUAAUGGGCAGAAAAAAGAUUUCAAUAACUAAAAUAGAAGAUAGACAAUAAAGAAAUGUAUUUUCUUAAAUAUAGAUUAGAUUACAUUUCAUAAAAGGAAGAUAGGUUUACUAAAGAAGGCCUAUGAAUUAGCUUCUUUGUGUGGUGUUUAAAUUUAUAUGGUUUUCAAUGAUCUAUGUAAGAAAUAGGCUAUUCUUUAUUAUCUUAGAGGGAAAUGCCAUACAUUUUAGAACCGAUGAAUUAAAUUAAAUUGAAAAUACUGAUAAAAAGAAGUAUUUAUUGACUCCAAAAGAUGUAAAAUUUUUAUUUCUACAUCAGUACCCAAAAUUUGUUACUCGAUCAAAGAAUAAAGUGAAUGCUUAGCUUAAAGAUUUGCCAAUAACACCUUUAAAAUUAGUCACAGAUCUAAUGAUAAAUGAUGAGCCAUUAAUUUCUCGUUAUUCAGUUCUUAGUAGACAAUUUUUCCCAAUUCCUCAGCCCAAAACUAAUAAACCUAUAAUUGAUAUUAACACAUGAA